AUGGCCACGGCGGACUGGGAGGCUCCUGUGGUGUUGCGCACGCUGCGGAGCCUCCUGUCUGAGAACGGCGACAGCGACGCGCCGGCGCUGCAUCUGCCGGGCGUGGCGGGAGGGGUGUCGCUUUCCAGAGGGCAGCUGGAGGCGUUGGCAGUACAGCUGGCGAGCACCCUGCUGGCCAGCGGGCUGCGCCCAGGGGACGUAGUUGCGCUCUCAGACGACAACACGGCAGAGUAUGUGGUGGGCGCGCUGGGCGUGUUCUGGGCGCGCUGCGUGCUGCUGCCCGCCAAUCCCAACUACAAGGCACCCGAGUUUGGGCAGACGCUGCGCGACGGCGGCGCCCGUCUGCUGCUGCUGCCUGCCCGUGGCAUUCCCGAGGCGGAAGAGGCGGCAGAGGAGUGCGGCGUGGCAGUGCUGCGGCUGGCGCUGCGGCCGGCUGUCAAGGGCGGCGCCGCGCCAGCUGGCGGCGCCAGCAGCCUGCGGCUGCGGGCCCGUGCCAGCCUGGCGCGGCUCUCCUCGCGCCGCAGCGUGGCGUCGGCACCGCCCGACCCCGGCCCCCUGCGACUGGACUGCACUAGCCUCACUCCAGGCUUUGCGGUCGCCGACCCCGCAUCCCUGGCUGGGGCAGGCCUGCAGGAGCCGCAGCCGGACGACCUCGCCCUGUUGCUGCACACCAGCGGGUCCACGGGCAGGCCCAAAACCGUGCCCCACACGCACGCCACCUUUGGCGCGGGCAUACGCCACAGCGCGCAUUCGGUGAACCUGGUGCCCCGGGAUGUGUCGAUCGGUGUGACCCCGUUCCACCACAUACACGGCCUGGCACACAGCCUGCUGGCGCCGCUGGCCGCGGGCGGCGCCGUCAUCCUGCCCAGCAAGGGCAAGUUCGACCCGGGCACCUUCUGGCCGGAAGCUGUGCGGUACGGCGGUACCUUUGUCACCACCGUGCCCACCAUCCUGCUGCUGCUGCUGGCCCGCGCUGCUGAGGACUUCCCCGCUGCCUGCCCCCCACCCCUCCGCUUCCUGCGCUCCUCCUCCGCCACCAUGGCCCCCGCCAAAAUCGCGGCGUAUGCCUGCUCCGAGGGAACGGUGCUCUGCUCCACCAGCCUUCGCCCGGGCGGCUCCAAGCCGGGCACUGUGGGCCUGCCCGUAGCAGAGACGCAGCUGGCCAUCAUGGACGCUGACAUGCGGGAGCAGCCUGCCGGGCAGGCGGGCGAGAUUUGUGUGCAGGGCCCCAGCCUCACCCCUGGCUACCUCAACAACCCAGAGGCCAAUGCCGACGCCUUCCGGGGCGGCUGGUUCCACACGGGGGACCUGGGCGUGAAGGACCAGGAGGGCUGCCUGACGGUGCUGGGGCGCGUCAAGGAGACCAUCUCGUGGGGCGGCGAGAAGAUCAGCCCCACAGAGGUGGACAAUGCGCUGCUGAGCCACCCGGAUGUGGCGGAGGCUGUGGCCUUCCCCGCCCCAGACGAGCUGUACGGCCAGGUGGUGGCCGCCGCCGUGUACCUGUCGCCCGGCAGCGCCACCGCCGGCCAGGGCCAGGGGGAGCAGGCGGAGGCGCUGCGUGCCCACGUGGCCGCCCGCCUGGCGCCCUUCAAGGUGCCGGCGCACAUCUUCUUCGUGCAGCAGCGCUUCCAGCGCACCGCGGCAGGCAAGCUCAACCGGCUGCAGAUCGCGGAGCGCUUUUUACCGCAAAUACCGGCGCUGCUCUCGGCGGCGGCCGCCGCCGCCGCCGGAAAGGAUCUGCGGGAGCUGCUGCUGGCGGUGUGGCGGGAGGUGCUGGCGCUGCCGGCGGCGUGGGCCCCCGACGACGCCCACGACUUUUUCGACUUGGGCGGCAACUCGCUGAGGGCCAUGCAAGCCACCUCCCGCCUGCGCGACUACAGCGGCCUUGACCUGCCCUCGGACCUGCUCUUCACCCGGCGCACGCUGGGCGCCACGCUGGCAGAGCUGCGCGCCGCCCGCCUGCGCGCCCCCGCCGGCGGCGCGCCCCUCGCCCGCCUGCGGCCGCUGCCGGGCCUGCCGCGCGCCGCGGGCGUGCCGGUGUCGCAGCAGCAGGAGCAGCAGCUGCUGCUGUUCGAGCAGGACCCGCGGCGCAUCGACUACCUGACCGCUGAGGCAGACUGGCUGGAGGGUCCGCUGGAGGCGGCCGCCCUGCGCGCCGCCCUGGCCGCCGUCGUGGCCCGCCACGAGGCGCUGCGCACGCUGUACCGCCGGGACCCGGAUACCGCCACCUUUCUGCAGUACGUACUGCCUGCACCGCCGCCGGACGGCCUGCCCUGGCUGGAGCUCGAGCUGUCGGGGCUGGCGCCCGGGGAGGCAGCGGCGGCGGCGGUUUCGGCGGCGCGCGAGGCCGUCAGCCGCCCCAUCGACGUGUUUUCCGAGCUGCCGGUUCGUGCCACGCUGGCGCGGCUGGGCCCCGGCCGCCACCUGCUUGUGCUGGUCACCCACCACGUGGCGUUUGACGGCUGGAGCCGAGGCGUGCUGGCACGGGAGCUUGCGGCGGCGUAUGGGGCGGCGCUGGCGUCGGCGGCGCCGGGGCCGCCGCCGGGGUCGCCGCCGCCUCCGGCGCUGCCACUGCUGCCGCUCCAGUAUGCCGACUAUGCAGCCUGGCAGCGGGAGGAGGUGGCUGAGGGUGCUGCCAGCCUGGCUGCUGACCUGGCGUGGUGGGGUGCUGAGCUGGCGGGCGCGCCGCCGCUGCUGGAGCUCCCCACCGACUGGCCGCGCGGCGGGGGCGGCGGGGGCGUGCGCCCCGGCGCCGCGGUCCCGCUGGCGCUGCCGGCGCAGCUGGUGGCGGCGCUGGGGGGGCUGGCACGCGGCUGGGGCACCACCCUCUUCCCGCUGCUGGUCGCUGGCUACCAGCUGCUGCUGGGCCGCUACUCGCGGCAGGACGAGGUGGUGGUGGGCACGCCCGUAGCUGGCCGCGACCACACCGCCCUCGAGCCCCUCAUCGGCGACUUUGUUUCCUCCCUGCCCGUCCGCACCUCGCUGGCGGGGGAUCCCACCUUCCGAGAGCUGGCGGCCCGCGUGACACGCACCUUGGCGGGCGUGCGGCGGCACAACGGCGUGGGCAUCCAACAGAUCGCGGGGGUGGCGCCCAAGGCUGCCAGCGCCGACGUCACGCCGGUCUACCAAACAAUGAUCGUGCUGCAGGCAGGGGGGCUGCUGGACCGCGCAUUCUGGCAGCCGCCGGAUCUGAGCGGCCUGCGUGUGUCGCGGCUGCCGCCCGAGGCCUAUGCCGCCGCCGCCAUGUUUGACCUCCGCCUGGACCUACAUGAGCCUGCGGGGGAGGGGCCAGAGGAAGGUGGCAGUACCAGUGGUACUGGCGGUCCCGUCGGCUUGCUGGGCACGCUGACCUAUGACACCCGCCUGUUCAGGGAGGCGACAGUGGCGCGCCUGGCGGGACACUUUGUGGCCCUGCUGGCUGCCGCGGCGGCGGCGCCCGACGUGCCGGUGCCCCGCCUGGACAUGCUGCCUGCCGAGGAGCGGGCGCAGCUGCUGUCCUUCAGCGCCGGGCCACGGGAUAAGCGCUUGCUGGGCGCGGGCACCACGGUGGUGACGCGGUUUGAGGCGCAGGCGGCCGCCAACCCGGGCGCCCCUUGCCUGGAGUAUGAGAGACAGGCGCUGAGCUAUGGGCAGGUGGAGGUGCGCGCCACGGCGCUGGCGGCUCGCCUGGUAGCUGCGGGCGCCGUGCCGGGCGGCCCCGUCGCGGUCCUGCUGGAUCUCUGCCUCGAGCUGCCGCUGGCGCUGCUGGCGGUGCUCAAGGCGGGCGGCGCCUACAUGCCCUGCGACGCCGCCUACCCGACCGGCAGGCUCAUGCAUUACCUGCGGCAGUCGGCGGCAGCGGUGGUGCUGACGCGGCGGGAGCCGCUGGAACGCAGCGGCCUGGCUCCGCGGCUGCCGGCGGGCGUGCAGGUGCUGGACCUUGAUGCUCUCGACUGGGCCGCUCUGGAGGCAGAGUGCGGCCCCGGCACCCCCGCCGCCGCGCGGCUGCCGCGCGCCGGGCCGGCCGACCCCGCCUAUAUCAUCUUCACCUCUGGAUCCACGGGCACCCCCAAGGCAGCGGUGGUACCGCACGCCGCCGCCAUCAAUAUGGCAAAUGUGGCCAACCGCGACCGCGGCCUGGGCCCACCCCUGCCAGGGGCCUACCUGGCCAAGACCUCCGUCUCCUUUGACGUCUCGCUGCUGGAGAUGCUGCCGCCGCUGACGGCCGGCGCCAAGCUGGUGGUCUCCCGCCCCGGCGGACUGGUGGACCUGCCUUACCUGCUGGGCCUGAUCGCCGCACAGGCGCCCACCCCCGUGGUACUGGACAUGGUGCCGUCGGUGAUGUCGGCGGUGCUGCGCGACGCCGCCGCCCCGCCGCCGCCCAACCUGCGCGAGGUGCGGCUGUGCGGCGAGGCGGCAGAGGCGGCGCUGGUCGAACGCGUGCGUGCCCGCUUCCCCGGCACAGCCGUGUCCAACCUGUAUGGCCCCUGCGAGGCCACAGUCUACUCCAACGAAUCCAUCGGCUGCGCUGACUACGACGCCGGCGGCGGCGGCACGGCGCCCGUGGGCCCGCCGCUGCCCAACUCGUACAUCCUGGAUUCCGCCCUGCAGCCGGUGCCGGUGGGGGUUCUGGGGGAGGUGUACAUUGGCGGCGUGCAUGUGGGCCUGGGAUACCUCAACGACCCUGACCGUACCGCCGAGCGCUUCCUGCCCGACCCCUUUGCCGAGGCGGCGGGCGAGCCGGCGCUGCCCGGCGGCCUGCCUCACCGCCUGUACCGCACCGGCGACCUCGGCCGCUGGCUGCCCGACGGCUCCAUGGUUAUUGCUGGCCGUAUUGACCAGCAGGUCAAGCUGCGGGGGCUGCGCAUAGAGAUCGGGGAGGUGGAGGCGGCGCUGGCGGCGAUCCCCGGGGUGGAGCUGGCUGCCGCGGCGGUGCUGUCAGAUCCGCACGGCCAACAGCGCCUGGUGGGCUAUCUGCAGCCCUGCGGCGCUACCAGCGAGGAGGGCGCGCAGGCGGCGGUGGGCCAGCAGCUGCCGCAGUACAUGGUGCCCAGCCUUGUGGUGCAGCUGGCGGCCCUGCCCCGCCUGCCCAACGGCAAGCUGGAUCGUGGCGCGCUGCCGGCGCCCGACUGGGGCUCCUCCGCCGGCUCUGGAGGAGGUGGUGGUGGGGCGCCGCCUGCCACACCGCUGGAGGAGGCGGUGGCCCGCAUCUUUCAGGAGGUGAUUGGCUGCGCGGAGGCGCUGGGCGCCGAAGACGACUUUUUCCUGGUCGGCGGCACCAGCCUGCUCACAGGCCUGGUGCAGUCGCGUACGCGGCGCGAGCUGGGCGUGCCAGACCUGCCCUCCUGGGCGCUGUUCCAGAACCGCACCGUGCGCGCCUACGCCGCGCUGCUGGCCAGCAUGUGCGCCGGCGCCGACGCCGGCGACGGCGGCGCUCCCGGCGCCGGCGCCGGCGCCCUGGCGCGCCACGCCAGCGCCGUGGGCCGCUGGGCCGCGGGGCACGGGCCCGCCACCCGCGCCCUGCUGCUGGCGGCCCGUACCUUCAAGUCGUGCCGCCUGCUGCGGUACCUCAGCUCAGAGGAUGUGCGGCUGCGGGCGCGGCUGCGCGGGGUGCCGGCCCCCGUGUCCCGCCUCCCAUACCCCGCCUACCUUCUCCUGCAAUUCCUGCUCUCCUGCAUCGCGCCCACCAUCCUGCCCGCGAUCUGGUUUGGCCGCGUCUUGGUGCUGUCCCUUGUGUACCGCGCCACCGGCACCUACGCCUGGCUCUUCCUCCUCUGGCCCUGCCUCUACCUGGCCACCUGCGCCCUGGCAGCCGCCGCGCUGGUGGCCUUGCGCUGGCUCCUGCUGCCGCGGCGCCUGCGCCCGGGAGCGCACCCGCUGCACGGCUGGCUGCAUGCGCGGUGGGCGGCGGCCAGGGCGGUGCAGGACGCCGUGCUCUCAGAGAUUGGCCCACUUGUGCGGCGCAAUGCCAUGCUGCCCUGGCUGUACCGCCUGCUUGGCGCCAGCCUGGCACCGGGUGUGCUGGUGGACUCGCUGCACCUCUACGAGCCAGAUCUGGUGACCGUCGGCGCGGGCUCCAAGCUGUGCUCGGGCGUGCUGGCGGCGCCGGCGCAGGUGGCGCCGACGGGCGCGGCAUGCGCGGGCGGCCCCGCGCUGCUGCUGUCGCCGGUGACGGUUGGGGCGCGGUGCGAGGUGGGGCACGGCGCCGUGCUGCCCGCUGGCGCCCGCCUGGCCGACGACUCCACCCUGCGGCCGCGGGCUGCACCCUCCCACCAUGCCGCCGUCAAGCUGGGCCCCUGCCCAGAGUGGCCCCAUUUCAUGGCUGAGCAGCACAUGCACCCUGCGCUGGGCGUAGCGUCAGGGCUGCUGGCGGGGCUGGUGCACGGGCUGUGCCAAAUCCCGGGAUAUGCGGCGGCGUUUGCACUGACGGGCGUCUCCCUACAGGAGAGCCCCUUCUCCCGAGCCCACGACUUCUUCCGUAGCGGCUCCGCCGACGGCGGCAGCUGCAUGUUCAGCUGGGACGACUAUGUGUGGCCCCUGGUCUUCGUUUCUUUCUUCUGGUUCCUAUCCUACCCAAUCGGCUGUGCCACCCAGGCGGCUGCGCUGUGGUGCUUCAAGAGGGCGGCGUUGGGGCCGCUGGUGCCGGGCACGCUGCUCACCGCCUCGCGCCGCCGCCUCUUUGCCUUCUCCUUGUUCCUGCGAAUGAUGGAGGACACAAGCUACCAGGGCUUCCGCUUCUACCUGCAAGGCACCUGCCUGCAGUCGCUGUGGAUGCGCGCGCUGGGCGCCGCCGUGGAUGCGCGCUCGCUGCUGCCGCUGCACUGCGUGGCACAGGACGCCUUCACCGCCGCCCAGGGCGCCUGCUGCGGCUCCAGCUGCUUUGUAUAUGCUGUGGAUGCGGGCGGCGUGGUGCAGGCCGUGGAGAUGGAGGCGGGGUGCACCCUGGGCAACUCUGCGGUGCUGUAUGCUGGGGCGCGCAUGCGGGCGGGCGCCCUGCUGGGAAACGAUUCCGUGCUGGCGGCGCACGCGGUACUGGGCAGGGACGAGCGGCUGCAGGGGCACGUGACGUACCGCAUCGAUUCUGCGCCGGCGCCGGCGCCGGCGGCAACGGCGGCGGCAGGAAGCGGGAAGCCGGGAGGCGGGGCGGCGGGGAGCGGCGGCGGCGGCGGCGGGCGCGCCGACGCCCUGACCGCCGCCGCCGUGGCGUCGCCCACGGCGCACGCGCUCAAGACGGCGGCCGCGCUGGCCGCGCUGCGCCCCGUCGGCACGCUGCUGCCCUGGCUGUCCGCGCUGGCCGCCCUGCGCUCCACCAUGGCCUGCGGCGGCUGGCUGGCGCUGCUCGCCUACGUGGCCGCGCUGCCCGCCGGCGCCUGCCUGCUGGCCGCCUGGCUGCGGCUGCUGCCGCUGGCGGCACGCAUGCCGGCGCGGUGGCGCGAGGGCGAGGCCAGCGUGUUUGACCUGUCGGCCGUCGUCAGCCACGCCAUGAUCGUGGAUUCGGGGUUCAUGCGCCUGGGGGGCACGCCCUUCCUGCUGGCCGCCAUGCGAGUCAUGGGCCUGCAGGUGGGCUCCGGCACGGUGUGGAGCGGUCACGUGCCGCUGGAGCGCAUGCAUGUGCGGGUGGGGCGCGGGUGCAGCGUGGAGGCGCAGGCGUUUGUGGAGGGGCAUUACCUAGAGCGCAUGCGCUUCAAUUACCAGCCCAAUUCGGUGGCUGACGGGUGCUGGGUGCAAGCGGACGCGCGUGUGAUGCCUGGGGUCACGCUGGAGCGCCGCGCCCGCCUGCUGCCCGGCUCCACCGUGCUGCCUGGGGAGGUGGUGCAGGCGGGGGCGGUGUGGGGGGGCGGCAUGCCGGCCACGCCGCUGGCGGCACUGGAGGAGGAGGAAGAGGGCGUGGGCGGCAGCGGCAAGGAGGCAGCGGACCAGAAGGUGUAG